AUGAACGUGACGGAGUUGAAUCUCUUGGAUCGCUGUGAGCAUUUCUCCUGUCCAGAGAGAUCUGUAUCUCCUGCAGUUUAUAUCUUACUGUACGUGUGUUCAGCUGCUGUGGUUCUUCUAACAGUGUGUGGAAAUCUGCUCAUCAUCAUCUCUGUUCUUCACUUCAAGCAGCUUCACACACCGACCAACAUGCUCGUGCUCUCUCUGGCCGUGUCGGAUUUUCUCAUCGCCGUUUUACUGAUGCCUUCACUUUUAAUCUGGACACUUGAGUCAUGUUGGAUUUUUGGGACUGCAUUCUGCAUGACGUUUUGGUUAAACUGCACUUUCCUCACAGUCGUAGCCAUUUAUAAUAUUGUUCUGAUCGCUGUGGAUCGGAAUUUGGGGCUUUCACACCCUUUUUUCUACACAAACACCAUCUCUACAAGGAUGAUGUGCACUGUGGUUUACUGUAACUGGUGUAUAAGUUUAGCAUACAGCAUAACAUUCUAUUACUUUAGUAUAAGCUUCAUCAAUUUAUUACUGUGUCCUGGAGAGUGUAUUUACUUCAUAAAUGAGGUUUGGUCUGUAAUUGAUCUUAUAAUAACAUUUAUAUUUCCACUUUCUGUCAUAAUCAUAUUGUACAGUCGGGUUUUUCUGAUCGCUAAGAAACACGCCACUGCUAUCAGAGAGCUUAAUAAUCACACACGACCUCAAACACAGAAAAUCACCUCCCACUCCAUGAAAUCUGAGAGAAAAGCAGCCAAAGUCCUCGGCAUUUUAGUGUCCGUGUUUAUCGUGUGUUUACUUCCGUAUUUUAUUUACAGCUUUUUAGGUGACGUUAUUGUAAUUCAUGCAGAAAUCUUUUAUGAACUUAUUGUUUUUGCAUACCUCAAUUCCACCAUUAAUCCGUUCAUUUAUGCUCUGUUUUAUCCAUGGUUUAGGAGGUGCAUUCAAUUAAUUAUAACUUUGCAAAUAUUCCAAAAGGAUUCUGCAUUUAUCAAUGUGCUUUCAUGA